UGUCGAAGAGAACCUGAUCUCGACAAUUGAAGCUGGUGCGUUUUCGAGUAUUAAAGGGCUGAACACUUUGCAAAUAAGGGAUAACGAGUUGGUUUUUCUGUGGGAAUCUUGGCUACGCGGGCUAAGCCCGGGUUUUGGAUACAAAGGUGUGCUGUUGUACAGUCAAAAUGCCUUACGGUGUACCUGCGCCAAUCGUUGGUUCGUUAGGAGGGGUAAGAUGAAGUUUGAGAUAGUCCCUACGGCUUUCUUCUGCAAGUACCCACUGAGCAUGGAAGGCGAAGACAUAUUUUCCAUUGCCCACUUGCCAUGCCCCUCGCCAGUGGUGAAGAUUACGCAGGACAUUGAUGAUCAUGAUUUACAGUUUCGGUGCCAGGCGACUUGGGAGGAAGAAGAGAGCAGUGUCUUUUGGGUCCUACCAGAUAACACUACUAUUGUAUUGCCGGGUUUAAGUGAGGACGAAAGAAACGCCAACCUGACAUCUCAGCACUUCAACAUUUCAUUCCAACACGGCAUAAGUGCUUGUGGAUGGACAUGGGAGACUACGUCAAUUGUGACUACACAUUGCUCACACGGUCUGACCGCUACGAACUAUGCCGUCAGGACGGUGUCUGUGUUAGUUUUGCCAGAACGCCUGGUUCAUAAGUGGAACGGUUUGUCUAUCCGUUGUGGUGUGAAGUCGUUCUCUAGUGACAUGGUAGCUCGCAGGGAACUCUCCGUGACUCUCCUUUCCAACAAAUCAAAGAGUCAAGCUAAAACUGCAUCACCUGGCCUUAUGUCUCUGUCCUACCCUCCCACACCCCCAGAUGAUGAUGUCGCAACAUUGACAUAUUAUUUAAGUGUUGUACAAUCAGACAAUACCUCUCAAGCAAAAGUUGACAACACCCAGACAAGUAAAGAAAUCGCGACUAGCCUAUAUGAGGUCUAUACCCGCGUACCGACAUCAAUACGGACCAAUAGUAACAGUGUGGAUGAAGAUGACUAUGUCAUCUUGCUCCCAUCGGAAACCCACAAACGUUUACAUCCUAACUAUUUCAUCGCGAGUGGCAUGUGUACUGUUCCCUUUGCACUCAUUUUUGCAGCCUGUAUUUAUCUACAGAACAGACGAUACAGCAUUACUGAGGACGAAACGGUGAGUGAACAAGAGGGUGGGCAGCAGCAGCGAAAUAAUGACGCCAGUGUCCCUGAAAAUCAGAGAGAAAACUCCGUGAGUGACACAAUAGCCGAUCCGUAUUACUCGACGAUAAAUGAUUCCCAUCAAAACGAUGAGACGGUUGAACCAUACGGGGUGGCCAAGGUGUGUCCUCAGUACGGCCGGGCAGAGACAAGGUCCUCCGAUGUGAGAGAACACGUGGACGCGGACUGAGAUCGCUGCAGUGUAACUGUUACAGCCGCGUGUCUGGCGAGUGCACGGCUCACAGAAUGGUGGCGGGUCAGAUCAGGGACUGUUCCUCAAGGCCUUGAAAAUAUCAGUCAUUAAAUAAAUUAAAAACUAUUCCAACGCGUUAUAAUGUAUCCACAUAUUGUUGUUAUGUGUAUGAAAUAUACCUUUUUUUCUUACACUUUGAGAUGUAUCGUAUUGCUUGUAAGUGUAUAUUUAAGCAACAUUGUACAACGUAUAUAAUCAUAUAUCAUUAUAUUGUAUACUUUCGUUUCCUGUUGGUAAUGCAUAUUGUCUACAGUGCAUAUUUGUAUCUGAUGUAAAGCUAAUAUUCUAAUUGAGAGGAGGGAAAUGAAUUCGUUCUUUCUAAAAUUAAAUGUGUUAUUCAGCUACACACUUCAGACAACAUUGGCAUUCUCCCAAUAACUUUAACUACGUGGUGUGAAUUCAAUUUGUCAUAGCAUCGGAAAUAAAUUAAUUUUGCUGAUGGUUAACUUUCUUGUCAUCUCGUUUUAUGUGUGUCGUUUAUCUGUGUUGUUCCGCAUCGCGGCCAACCCCCUCCUAACCCUUAUCUCAGGUAUAUAAUAGAGAGUAUAGCAUUGGGUCCAUCAAAUAAAAACCGCGCGGUCACUUGAGCAGGGCGGCGGGUAAAAUUAUUAGAACCCCGCCAAAGAGCCUGUCCCAACCAAGAUAGACUGGACACCGGUGUUGAGUUAAAUACUUGAGCUUCUACAUACGUGAGAAAUCAGGUGUUUAGGGUCAGGGUUGGGGUUAGGUUUGGUAUUAGAGUAAUAAAAUAAUAUAGUUAGGGC